AUGCCCGGUACAGAAAUAAGCUUCCAUAAUAAAACCGAUCUAAAACCUAUUCAGCAUGAAAUCUUUCCACUGAAAUGUAAAGUAUCUUCAAAGAUACUAAUUAAACAGCAUUUGGAUGCUCAUUACAGAAACAUUCAGUCAGUAAAAGCCUGUAUCGACAAUACAACACCUUAUUCAUUUUCACACAACCCAACUACCAAGGGUUACCGCAAGUCAUCGAAAAUAGCUCAUAGAAGACCCUUUUCAGUUAGGGCGGAAACCACUAGUCUCUGCGAUCUAACCGCUAUCAAUACAUUUUCAGAUGAUCCCGAAGUUGAUAGAAUUGUUAGAAAAUUUGUGCUUGACAGUAGCGAGAAACAGAUAGAACUGUUUGGACCAAGUGAGCAUCAUUCCGAAGUUGUGAAAGACAAACGCAAACGCGACAAGUCUGUUUGUUCAAAUGGCGAGCCUAUGGUAUUGCGAAGGUUGGAUGUAGAUUGCCUUAGCACCAAAACUGUUCAUCGAAGGCAAUUAUCAAGCGCAGAUGUUUUAGAUAUUCAUCGAAACAAGUUUACUAGCCCUAAACCUUUUUCUCCAAGAACAGUGAAGUCGAGCAUUCCAUCCAAGCUUAUCAGUCUACGGUGUUAUAAUCCACCUAAAAGAACAAGUCGUCGACGAUCCGGCUCAAAAGUUUCUUCAGAUGGUAAAUCUGUAAUACACUGCAAAAAGUCUCUUGAAGCCUGUGCAGUAAAUUCAGAUUUAGAGACAGAAGACAAUAACAAACACAAAGAAUCUAUCACAGAUCGAGAAGAAAUCACUUCCUCACAGUUAAACAAUAGAACAUCGAAUUUUUCUUCAAAGCGUACCCCACCAUCUCUUCAUCACAGACGUGGUUCACAAAGACAUCGACGGAAUCAAUCAGUGCCUGCUGAUCUUCUGGGUGGACUGCAUAAUUUUGGGAAAGUUAAACAAUGGCUAAACACACUACCUGGCAAUGGUACAUCCCAUAAACCAGAGAUUGUUACAUCCAGCCAGCAUGAUGAAGAGAAACUGGAAAAGUCGUUCUUGGAGAAGAAGUUACAUAAAGAAAAUACAGAUAAACAAAUGUUGAAUAAGCCAACCAUGGAGGAAAAGUCAGUUGAAAAUAUAAAGAAUGAAGUCAACUAUUUGAAAUUUAUAUCUUCUGUGACUGAUGAUGUAUUAACACGUGGUGUUCUUACUGAUAAAAAUGUGAAUACUAUACUGCAAGAACAUGCAACUACAAAUGAAUAUGAUCUGUCAAAAGAUCAAAUUAGUAAAGCAAUUAAACAUAUUAGAACACAAUUAAAUAUAACAAAUGAAAUCACAACGACUACUCCUCCACUUAUUACUAAUGAUAUGAGUUAUUUAGUGAAUUACAAUUCUUCAAAAUUAUCAUUGAAUAAUAAUGAAACAAUGAUGUAUCAUCAUCAUCAUCAUUAUCAUGUUGAAAAUGAAAAGACUCAUCAUGUACAUCAACAACAACAACAACUACUACAACAACCUCAACCACAGAACGAGUCGAUUGUCAGCUAUAAGACUAUUUUGGAUAUUAAACCAUCACGUAAGUACACUUCACCACUGAUGUCAGCAUUUGGCGAAGAAAAGCAUCCGUUGAAUAAUCAAUUACUGAUGUCGACAACUCCACUAUCACCAACAACGCCAACGCCAACAACAAUCACUAUUAGACCUAAUCACUGCACUAAUUUACCAAAAGAUGUUCAAGAAAUAUUUCAAAAUCUAAUGAAUAACAAUAAUAAUACUGAUGAAUUCGAUAAAUUAAACGAUAAUACUAAUAAUAAUCAUUUAUUUCAACAAGAUUAUGAAUUACAAAAAGAUCAAUGUUCAAUUGAUGAACAUCAGAAUGUUUAUGUGGAGAAAUUAGUGGAUAAACAGAAUCUACCAUUAAACAGACUGAACAUUACUGACGAAUUCAUUGAUACAGGUUGUGAACAACAUUGUGACAAUGAGACUAACGCGGAUAUAGAAUUUUAUGAAAAUAAUUUAAAUCAUCAGCUUAAUGCCUUACAAAUUUCUAAUAUCACCAAUAAUAAUAAUAAUUCAACUGUUACAGCAAAUCCUAAUUCUAUUAAUCAUUCAAAACAAUCAAAUACAUUGAAUAGGCAUUAUACAAAACCUAAUGACGCAUUUAUUAAUCAUUCAUCAAUUCAAUAUAAUUCACUAGAUAUAAACAAUCACUUGAUCACUACUGAGCAUGCAAACAAUGCAAACGAUAAUGAUGACGGAGAAAUGCCUAAUGCUGCAUAUCAGAGUCGUGUGAAAUUUGCAUCGGAAGCCGAAUUUUUCUCACCUUCAUAUCUUAGUGAACAAGCCACCUCAGUAAGCAGUUUCACUGAUUUAUCUCAUCUAUCUAACUUCACUAAUGUCACAAUAUCACCGACUAAUACUAUUACUAUAAGUACUAAUUCUACUAUUAAUACUGGCAAUGCUACAUAUAAUCUACAACAUACUUCAUUUGAAACAACCACUACGCUUCCUGGAAAGUCAUCUUUACAAAUUUCAAACUUAAACACGCAUAUAAAUAAUAGUGACAAUGCAAAAGUGAAUAGAGAAAUUUCCAAAACCCUAACCGAUGAUUGGGAAACAACCAAAGAGGAUAAAACUGAAGAACCAGAAACAUCAUCAUACAAAGAUGAUUUUCUCUCUGAAGAUGAAGAUUAAUGUGCAAGAAGAAAAAUACAAACUGUAAAACAAUCAUACUACUUGAUCAAUGCUCAAUUAUGAUUAAAUCCAAUUAUUUUUGAAUUGAUGAUUUUGAAUCAAUAGUCAAAUUGAAAAAAAAACUAUUUGAACCUAUUUGAAUAUCGAACAUACGCACACACACACACGUACAUACACACAUUGAAAUAGUGAACAACUUUAUUCAUCCGAUAUUCUUCAUCUCUUCCAAAUUCAACCGUGUCUUUGAUUGGUGUUCGCACAAGUCGACAAAUAAGCAAUACAUUUUAAUUUCUAUAUUGAUCGCCGUUGUUGUCGUUCUUGUUGUGGUUGUGAUUGUUGUUGUUGAUCAUUGAAAUGAUUAACAAAAUCUUAUUAUUUUAUAUUAUCAAUGAAAUGAUGAUUCACAAA